UUAAUUCUAAGUUUGUGAGCAAUAGACAAAUGAAAGGGUUAUGGAAUUUGGUAUUUUUGAGACAGACCUAUUCAAUCUAUUCUUUCACUUUUUACACAGUUAUAAUGAAUUCCUAUGAAUGCUUUCAACAUCGUGAUUUUUUUUCUUUUGUAGAUUAGACUUAAGCAGAUAUUUCAGAGCUGGCUACUGCUUUUUAAAAAUAUAAGCAUCUUUUUAAUUAAAACAUGCAAACAUCUUUUUAUUAUUCGGAUGGUGUUUUGCUUCAGAUUUUUAUUACAAGUAGGGCUCACAUCUGCAAAGGUGCCAGGCUUGUGUAACAUGGACAGGCGGAAUUGAACCUUUGACCUCAGACCUUCUGUGUAUGAUGCAGUCUUGCAGUGGGAGUUCUGUGAGGAUAGAGUUUGCAAAACCGAGCUCUUAAACUCUUGUCUAGUAGGGAUUUCUGCCAUUACCAAUUAACAUUGAACAGUGCGAGCACUGGUGGAAAGCCCUAGUAUAGAGAAGGCUCUAGUACAGGGCUACUCAACAAGCGGCCCACGGUGCGGUUUGGGUUUACAGGGGACUCACCAUGCGCCCACGAACAGGAUCCUUUGAACAUGGACACCACUGGGAACGCACUCCACAAUGAAUAUGGUAUCAAGUUUUCGAGUUUCUGAACUACAAGUGUUGUUGGGCUUUGCUGGACGUAAUAAAAGUGGGCGCAAACAUGACCUCCUGAUGAGGGCACUGCAUUUACUGAAGAGUGGCUGCAGCCCAGCAGUUCAGAUUAAAAUCAGAGAGCUCUAUAGGCGUCGGUACCCCAGGACAAUUGAAAGUCUGUCUGACUUGUCACCUAUAAAACCGUCAGUUUUCAAUUUAGAUAAUAGUUCCUCUCCUGUGGAAUCUGACUUGGCUGUUGCUGGAAUUCACCCACUACCUUCUACUUCAGUCACCCCUCAGUCUCCUUCAUCGCCUGUUGGUUCUGUGCUGCUUCAAGACACUAAGCCUCACUUUGAGAUGCAGCAACCAUCACCUCCAAUUCCACCUGUCCAUCCUGAUGUUCAGCUGAAAAGCCUCCCAUUUUAUGAUGUGCUUGAUGUCCUCAUCAAACCUACGAGUUUAGUACAGAGCAGUAUUCAGAGAUUUCAGGAGAAGUUUUUUAUCUUUGCUUUAACACCUCAACAAGUCAGAGAAAUCUGCAUUUCCAGGGAUUUCUUGCCAGGAGGCAGGAGGGAUUACACAGUACAAGUUCAGCUAAGGUUAUGCCUUGCAGAGACUAGUUGUCCUCAGGAAGAUAACUAUCCCAAUAGUUUAUGCAUUAAAGUAAAUGGGAAAUUAUUUCCAUUGCCGGGAUAUGCUCCACCACCAAAAAAUGGGAUUGAGCAGAAGCGCCCAGGCCGCCCUCUGAAUAUUACAUCUCUUGUUAGAUUAUCAUCAGCAGUGCCAAACCAGAUCUCCAUUUCUUGGGCAUCUGAAAUUGGAAAGAAAGCUAAAGGAAAGCAGUCUGGACAUAUAGAAGGUGAGGAAGAUCAUAUUAAAAUGGCUAUUGCUAAAGAGCAGAAUUACUCCAUGUCUGUAUAUCUCGUUCGGCAACUCACUUCAGCCAUGCUUUUACAGAGGUUAAAAAUGAAAGGUAUCCGAAAUCCAGACCAUUCGAGAGCACUGAUUAAAGAAAAACUGACUGCUGAUCCUGAUAGUGAAAUUGCCACAACCAGUUUGCGGGUAUCUUUGAUGUGUCCUCUGGGAAAAAUGAGACUAACAAUUCCAUGUCGUGCUGUUACUUGUACACAUCUGCAAUGUUUUGAUGCUGCUCUUUAUCUACAAAUGAAUGAAAAGAAACCCACCUGGAUUUGUCCUGUCUGUGACAAAAAGGCAGCUUAUGAAAGUCUAAUAUUAGAUGGGCUCUUUAUGGAAAUCCUUAAUGAAUGUUCAGAUGUGGAUGAGAUUAAAUUCCAAGAAGAUGGUUCUUGGUGUCCUAUGAGGCCUAAGAAGGAAGCGCUGAAAGUGUCCAGUCCUCAGUGUACCAAAAUAGAGAGUUCCAGUGUUGUCAGCAAACCAUGUUCUGUGACAGUGGCCAAUGAGGUAAACAAGAAGAAAGUAGAUGUUAUCGACUUGACAAUAGAAAGCUCUUCUGAUGAAGAGGAAGAUCCUCCUGCCAAAAGGAAAUGCAUAUUUAUGUCUGAAACACAAGGAAGCCCAACAAAAGGGGUUCUCAUGUAUCAACCAUCUUCUGUAAGAGUGCCCAGUGUGACAACAGUUGAUCCUGCUGCUAUUCCUCCUUCAUUAUCAGACUACUCAGUACCAUUCCACCAUCCACAAAUAUCAAGUAUUUCAUCAGACUUGCCAGGUUUGGAUUUUCUUUCACUAAUCCCAGUUGAUCCACAGUUAAGUCUCUUCCUUAUCGGCAUCAUUGUUUGUUUCAAGCAGUACUGUCCUCCUAUGUUUUUGGAUAGUCUCACCUCAACCUUAACAAGCAGCACCCCUGGCAAUAUCAUCACAUCUACCAGCCACCAUGAGAGCAGCACUCACGUUAGUUCUUCAAGCAGGAGUGACACGGGAGUCAUAACAAGCAGUGGGAGCAGCAUUCCUGACAUCAUCUCAUUGGACUGAAACACUGGCAGCACAAAACUGAGCAAUUGCACAAAGUAGCUCAUCAUGACUAGAAAAGGAACUGCAGUGUCUUGAAAGCUAUUUUGAUAUUUAUUGAAAAGACAGAUCGAUUCUGUUGCCUUCUGAAAGUUGAGUAAAACUACAUGUACAGUAAGAACUGAAAUGAUUAGAACUUUUUUUUUCUUGAUCUCAAAACAUUUGGAGUAAAAAAGACCCACUUGGAACAAAUGUACUGUUUGACUGACUUGUUCUGGGGAAACUAAUUUUGUUUUGUUGUUGGAUGGAUUCCACAGAAGGUUUUUAAUUUUGUUGUAAUACACAGCAAUAAUGUAAAAAAAAAAAAACCAACCCCAACUUUUUUAAAUAAAAAAGGCACUUAACCACUCUAGAAUGAAAACAGCAUAUGUUUAUCCUGGAUACAAAAAAAGGUGCAGAGGUCUGCGUUGCUGAUUUUUUUUCCACUGAGGCCUGUAAUAAACUUCAUUUAAAAUAAUGAAGAUUUGUCAAAUAGCCAUGACUUAUGCUAUAUUUGUUUGUUCCUUACAUUCUUAGCGCAAAAAAAAAAAGAAAUCUGUAAGUUUUCCUGAACAUGUGAUGUUCACUUAUGAAUGCAAAUUCCUAAAAUGUGACUUCUUCCUAGUGUAUCUUGGAGAAAAACUAUGCAAAACCUUCAUCAUAUAGAUGUUAAUGUAUGCUGUAAACACAACAAACUGCUAUGCAGAACCUGGCUGUAGUCCUUUAACUUCUGGCCAGGCCUUGUAUAAGGUGGAAAGUAAAAACAAAAAACAAACAAAAAAAACUGUUCAGACUAUGAAAUCCUUGUUGUUCCUUCAUGUAAAUUGCCUACCCAUACUAUUUCAUAAAACUAAACUGAGUCCUUCAAAUGCAGCUGUUGAAAUUGCAAAGUA